CAUACCUAUAUCUCUUUCCUUGGAGGAGACGAUUUCCAAGAACAUACUGCCGUUAACACUAGACCAGUUGGAAACCAAGUGAACGCAGAUAAACCUGGCACACAAGAAAAUAAACAUGAUGACUUUAACACACAGAUCAACCCUUACAAAGCUUAUGGUCACGUCAAAAUCAUCUUGUUUUUCAUUGGUUAUCCACGCAGUCGUCACUCUCUCCUUGGUUCUUUACUGGAUGCUCACCCGCACAUGGUUAUAGCAGACGAAACAAAUGCCUUCGGCAAGUGGAGCUCAAAUCCAAACAAAUGGAUGAACCAUUCAGUAUACGCAUAUUAUGACACUAUUUUUAAUGCUUCACAGCGUGCAAUCAAACGAGGAAGAAGGUCAGGAGUAUUUAAAGAAAGCGUUGUGAAUACAACCUCUAAGUAUCGUUAUUAUGUACCAAACCAAUGGCAAAGCACGUUUGAUCAAUACAUUGAGAUCAUUGGAGACAAGGCAGGCGGGUAUACAGCGUUUGCGAUGAAGAGAACGAAUGCGGUAGAAGCCGUUCACCUUUUAGAGAAAACUGCGGGCGCUAAGGUGAAGUUUGUUCACGUUGUGAGAAAUCCAUUUGACAACAUUGCGACCAUGGUCCUGCGGAAAAGAGACAUAAAAGAACGGUAUGGAGAACAUAAACUAAAGGUUAACGCUCCUGAAGAACUCGAUACAAAAAUAAAGACUUACUUCAGUAUGGCCGAGGGAUGUAACUUGGCCAGGGAAACUUUUCCAGGCAGCGUCAUUGAUGUACCAAGCAUAGAGAUAGUCAAGAACCCGGUGGAAACCCUGAGAAGAAUCUGUCAGUUCCUUGAAAUCGCGUGCACAGAGCAAUAUCUUCUGGAUUGUGCAGCCACUGUGGACCCGGUCCCCUCCAUAACACGUGAUUUCAUAGAAUGGACCGCUGAACAAAAACACAAGGUGUACGACAUGAUGGGAAAAUACUCCUUUUUCGAAGGGUAUUCUUUUGACAAAUAAAUAAUUGCUAUUGCCA